UCCCCUCGACCUGAAACCAGGCCCGACCGCACAUUUAGUGGCCGAUCUGCAUCCGUUGGACAGAUGUCUGUUGUCACCAACAAACAAUUACUCGCACGAAAGGAUUCCCCUUCAGUGGAGGCAGCGCCAUCAGAUAAGCUUCUGCGCAAACCAGAGACCCCAAGCCGCAUCGUGACACUGUACGUCGGCAAGAGCAAUAAGGCAUUCGACUUUGCAUCUACCCAGCUUGCUGCCAUCAGCCCAUACUUCCGCAAGAGCUUGGCUGAACAACAGGGGCAUGACGGCAUGCUCAGAAGUCCCGAGUCGGAGACUUUCCCAGACCUUGAUGAACUUGCCAUGGCUCUGUUCUCGCAAUGGCUUGCCAAUGGCCCCAAGCUUGCUGGUCCAGACGACUUUCACUCCUUGCAUCAUUACCUCGGUCUUUAUGUCCUUGCCCGGAAGUUUGAGAUUGAGGUCCUUCAGAAUGAUGUCAUGGAUAUGGUACGGCACUACUACGCCGCUGAAGAUAUGACGGCGCCAGCUUUUCGGAUCGACUACAUUUAUGCCUACACUCACGACUUCAACGUCAUGCGCACCUUCCUGGUGUCUACGGCAGCAUACCGGGCGCUGUGCGAAGCAUCGAAGGAGGUUCCAGUGCCACUCUCGGACUCGAUACGCGAGCUCUUGAUCAAGAACAAUAAUGUCGCUCUAGACUUCGUUGACGCUCUACUCUCUCUGCAGAAAGAUAAUCUGCGAGAUCCACGCACUGGACCGAGGUGUCUCUAGCAUGUACAUCAUCAAUCGCAGAAAUGUCCAGUCGAGUUACCAGAGGCUUGGCAGAGCGAUGGCGCCGGCGCUGAUUCCGAGGACGACACGGUUAG